GCUGGCUCCAGCCCCCUUUCCGCUGUCACUUGACUCCGCUGGGCCCCAGCCCUGCUUCCCUGCCACUCCUCCAGCCCUGGGCUGGGCCGAGGUGGGCAUCACCGGUUAGGAAUUUCUCCUGGGGGACAGGGGGUAAGGGUUUCAGAAUUUUGUGGUUAACUCUACUCUUCCGAGCGGACCCGUGUCUGGCACCGUCAUGCCGCCUGGCCCGGGGCGGCAUGGGCCUGGGGUGUGGGAUGUCCCACUAGAGCGUCAGGGCUGCUGCUCCUCUCCUGAGGCGGCGGAGGGGCACGUCUCAGCCUGGCCUCGAGCCGGUCUUCCCCAGCACCGCCCUGGAAGGAGAGGCUGAGCGCCCAGAGAUGCUGCCCCCACCCCCUUAGGCCCAAGGGAUCAGGAGCUAUGGGGCCAGGGGCCCUCUCACCUCUACUGCUGCUGUUCUCGGUGGCAACUGGAGAUGCUGACAUGAAGGGACAUUUCGACCCUGCCAAGUGCCGCUAUGCCCUGGGCAUGCAGGACCGGACCAUCCCAGAUGGGGACAUUUCUGCCUCUAGCUCCUGGUCAGACUCUACGGCUGCUCGCCACAGCAGGCUGGAGAGCAGCGAUGGGGACGGGGCAUGGUGCCCCGCAGGGCCGGUCUUUCCCAAGGAGGAGGAGUAUCUGCAGGUGGAUCUUCGGCGGCUGCACCUGGUGGCUCUGGUGGGCACCCAGGGGCGGCAUGCUGGAGGCCUGGGCAAGGAGUUCUCCCCCAGCUACCGGCUGCGUUACUCCCGGGACGGCCACCGCUGGAUGGACUGGAGGGACCGCUGGGGUCAGGAGGUGAUCUUGGGUAAUGAGGACCCUGGGGGAGUGGUGCUGAAGGACCUUGGGCCCCCCAUGGUGGCCCGACUGGUCCGCUUCUACCCCCGGGCUGACCGGGUCAUGAGCGUCUGUCUGCGGGUGGAGCUCUAUGGCUGCCUCUGGAAGGAUGGACUCCUGUCUUACACAGCCCCUGUGGGGCAGACGAUGUACUUGGCCGAGGCCGUGCACCUCAAUGACUCUACCUACGAUGGACACACCACACACACCGUUGGCGGGCUGCAGUAUGGAGGCCUGGGCCAGCUGGCAGAUGGUGUGCUGGGGCUGGAUGACUUCCGGAAGAGCCAGGAGUUGCGGGUCUGGCCAGGCUACGACUACGUGGGAUGGAGCAACCACAGCUUCUCCAGUGGCUACCUGGAGAUGGAGUUUGAGUUUGACAGGCUCAGGGCCUUCCAGGUCAUGCAGGUUCACUGUAACAACAUGCACACCCUGGGAGCCCGCCUUCCUGGCGGGGUGGAGUGUCGCUUCAAGCGGGGCCCAGCCAUGGCCUGGGAGGGGGAGCCUGUGCGGCAUGCCCUGGGGGGCAGCCUGGGGGACCCCAGAGCCCGGGCUGUGUCGGUGCCCCUUGGCGGCCGCCUGGCUCGCUUCCUGCAGUGCCGCUUCCUCUUUGCUGGGCCUUGGUUACUCUUCAGUGAGAUCUCCUUCAUCUCUGAUGUUAUGAAUGACUCUUCUCUGGCUCUGGGGGGCACCUUCCCACCAGCCCCUUGGUGGCCACCUGGCCCACCUCCCACCAACUUCAGCUUGGAGCUGGAGCCCAGGGGCCAGCAGCCCGUGGCCAAGGCGGAGGGGAGCCCGACUGCCAUCCUCAUUGGCUGCCUGGUGGCCAUCAUCCUGCUGCUGCUGCUGAUCAUCGCCCUCAUGCUCUGGCGGCUGCACUGGCGCCGGCUCCUCAGCAAGGCCGAGCGUCGGGUCCUAGAAGAGGAGCUGACAGUUCAUCUCUCUGUCCCUGGGGACACCAUCCUCAUCAACAACCGCCCAGGUCCUCGAGAGCCACCCCCUUACCAGGAGCCCCGGCCUCGCGGGAACCCAGCCCAUUCUGCCCCCAGUGUCCCCAACGGCUCAGCGUUGCUGCUCUCCAAUCCAGCCUACCGCCUCCUUCUGGCCACUUACGCCCGUCCCCCUCGAGGCCCGGGCCCCCCCACACCCGCCUGGGCCAAACCCACCAACACCCAGGCCUGCAGUGGCGACUAUAUGGAGCCUGAGAAGCCAGGUGCCCCGCUUCUGCCCCCACCUCCCCAGAACAGCGUCCCCCAUUAUGCCGAGGCUGACAUUGUCACUCUGCAGGGCGUUACCGGGGGCAACACCUAUGCCGUGCCCGCGCUGCCCCCAGGGGUGGCCGGGGAUGGGCCCCCCAGAGUGGAUUUCCCUCGGUCACGGCUCCGUUUCAAGGAGAAGCUUGGCGAGGGCCAGUUUGGGGAGGUGCACCUGUGUGAGGUAGAGAGCCCUCAAGAUCUGGUCAGUCUUGAUUUCCCUCUUAAUGUGCGCAAGGGACACCCCUUGCUGGUAGCUGUCAAGAUCCUACGGCCAGAUGCCACCAAGAAUGCCAGGAACGAUUUCCUGAAGGAGGUGAAGAUCAUGUCAAGGCUAAAGGACCCAAACAUCAUCCGGCUGCUGGGCGUGUGCGUGCAAGACGACCCUCUCUGCAUGAUUACCGAUUACAUGGAGAACGGUGACCUUAACCAGUUCCUCAGUGCUCACCAGCUGGAGGACAAGGCGGCUGAGGGGCCCCCCGAGGAUGGGGCAGCCGCCCAGGGGCCCACUAUCAGCUACUCGAUGCUGUUGCAUGUGGCGACCCAGAUUGCCUCGGGCAUGCGCUAUUUGGCCACGCUCAACUUUGUGCAUCGGGACCUGGCCACAAGGAACUGCCUGGUCGGGGAAAAUUUCACCAUCAAAAUUGCCGACUUCGGCAUGAGCCGGAACCUCUACGCUGGGGACUAUUACCGCGUGCAGGGCCGGGCGGUGCUGCCCAUCCGCUGGAUGGCGUGGGAGUGCAUCCUCAUGGGGAAGUUCACUACGGCGAGUGACGUGUGGGCCUUUGGGGUGACCCUGUGGGAGGUGCUGAUGCUCUGCCGGGCCCAGCCCUUCGGGCAGCUGACGGAUGAACAAGUCAUUGAGAACGCAGGGGAGUUCUUCCGGGACCAGGGCCGGCAGGUGUACCUGUCCCGGCCCCCUGCCUGCCCCCUGGGCCUGUAUGAGCUGAUGCUUCGGUGCUGGAGUCGGGAGCCGGAGCAGCGACCACCUUUCUCCCAGCUGCAUCGGUUCCUGGCAGAAGAUGCACUUAACACAGUGUGAAUCACGACACCCAGCCGGCCCUCCCUCGGGGAGGCUAGGGGGAAGCCAGCGGCACCAAACCAGAGGAGCUAAUGGCACCUCCACUCCCUCUGCCCUUCACCUCAAAGAGGCAGUGUGACCCCAGGUGGGCCGAGCCUGCCAGGGCGCUGACGCGCUCCCUGCUCCUCUCCUAGAAGCCCCUGCCACCCACCCAGCUGGCCCUGUGGAUGGGAUCCUCUCGGACCUCUUCUGGCCAUACCUUGGGGGAGCAUGGGACAAACAGGGCAGACACUGGACUUGGCCCCCUGGAGCACCUGGGCCUCCUGGACAACACUGGUUCUCAGAGGGAAGGUUGUGGCCACCCAGCCUCUCUCUUUCCGUCACACACUGGACCCCACUGGCUGAGAAUUUGGGAAGUGAGGAUGGAAAAGGAAUUGUCCUCCUUCUGGAAUUGUCCUCAGCUUGGCUUUUCUCCCCCAACCCUGUCCUCUGAAACACUGGACCUGGGGGUGACCCCGCCCCGACCCCUAUCACGCCCACCUUCCCCUGCCGUGUUGGAGCUAGAACUUCUCUAAGCCUGAUGUUUCUGUGGAAUAAAGAUUGGGAUUAGGGGAAAGGAAAAAAUGCCCGUGGCCUGGGUUUGGGCAUCUCUACCGUAGCUGCCACAUUGGUUUUUCUAUAAUCACUUGGGGUUUGUACAUUUUUGGCAGAAGAGACACAGAUUUUACACUAAUAUAUGGAUCGAGCUCAAUGUAAUUUUAAUCCCCUGCAUUAGGCAGGUAAUAAUAAAGGUUGAGUUUUCCACAGCUAUGAGUAGGUUUCUUGGGGUUUUAGUAAAAUCUGCCUCCUGCUCCCCCCUUCCUUCUUUCUCUUCCCCUUCCCUGUUUCCCUCUUCCACUCCCUACUGCGUACUUUGCCCAGCACAGUGUGCUGUGUGUCCAUAAGCCAGGCCCUUGCUGGAGGGGGACCUCAGGUCCCACAUGAAUUUAUGAACCUCGUCAGCUCCAACAAGAGCUCUGCAGGAGGCCUGGGUCUUAAGCUUGUUUGACCCAUGGACUCUUCUGGCAGUCGGAGAGGUCUACUGAUUUCUCCUCAGAAUUAUGUUUUAAAACCCAUUUAAAGAGAUAUAUACACAUACAUAUGUGCGUGUAUAUAUAUUUAUGUGAUUAUGGUUUAUCAAAAUGUUAAAAAUUAUGCUAUAUUAAGGUCCUUUUAAAUAUAUUUAAUAACACCUAGGAGCAGUGUAGUAGGUACUGAUAUUUUCAAAAAGUAUAACAAUAAACGUACGUGAGAUUUCUGUGA